AUGUUUUGUUGCGGUGUAUGUAAUGCCGUAUUUACCGGAAUAUAUCCUGAAACAGUACUUACAACUCCAUGUGGUCAUUUGUUUCAUGCUGAAUGCCUUAGCAUGUGCUUCAACAAAGGGUCGAGUCCAGGAGAUAAAUGCCCAUUUUGUUCCCUAUGCAUAAACCCAUCUAAAGUGAUCAAGAUACAUCUCCAAAUAGGUACAAAUUGGAAAGAUACCGCAGCUGCUUUAAAAAAACAGGCCAAUACAAGCAUCAUUAAUUUGGAUGAAUCAUUAAAGAACAACUCUGUAAUGCCGAAAAAUUGUACAGAUUUGAACAAUUCAAGCUUUGAUGAAACUCAUGACAAUUCUGUUCUAGACUUAACGCCCAAGUUACCAGUGUUUGAUGCCAAUACAAGCAUCAUUAAUUUGGAUGGAUCAUUAAUGAACAACUCUGCAAUGAUGGAUUUGAAGAGUCAUAGAAAAACUAUGCUUACUACUUCCCUGUCUGGUGUUAUCCUGACAGAAGUAACAAAAAACAUUCUAUCAAUCUUGAAUCAUGUCAUAGAAAAUUCCAUAAUAGUAGGACGAUCGCUUAUGUCUGAAAAAAAAUUAAUAGACACAGCUAGGGAAACUGGUUACUCCGACAUAAUAAUAAUACUUAUGAACUUAGGGCACCCAGUUGGUAUAAGUUUUAUUGAUUUAAUACAUAAUUUAAAACUCAAUGUUACAAUAACAUCAUAUAAAUGCUUCAAUAAUAAAAAUGCUAUUAAUAGUAAGAAUACAUAUUAUUUAACCACAAAAAAUGAACAAAAAUUAAAUGAACUUCAACAAUUUAUAUUUAAUUUUUUUUCUAAGCCUGGGAAUCUCAACGAUUAUGUGAACAGAAUUUUAUUUCCCUGCCCUGAUAAUUGGAAUGAUAUGAAAUUUACUUAUACUAUGGGUAAUUUGAUGAUAAGUUUUAUCAUUAAAUUGCCACUUUAUAAUAAUAAUUAUGAACAUAUCAAGGCUAUCAAUUAA